ACCUAAAGUGUGCAACCCAUCUAUUGAGUGAGAAAUUUAGAAAUAUGAGCGACGAGAAGAAAGCAAUUGUUAGGGAUUUGGGGUUUGGUGGCCUGAUGCACAUCCCGCCGCUAAGGGUGCAUCACAAAAUAUUAAAGGAGUUGGCUAACUCCUUUAAAUUAGGGAAAAACACACUCGAAACCGGCUACGGUUCGUUUAAAGUAAGACCAAGAACAAUAGGGGCUGCGCUUGGCAUCAACGCGUCAGGAGAUCUAUUGCCUCAGAAAGUCAAUUAUAAGGAUCUUUCUGAAGACAACAAACAAAUUUUUAGAAGAUUUCAGGAGAAGACCCUCAAAAAUCUGACAGAUGAGAUGAUGGCUAUUGGUGUUGAUAAUGAAUAGGAUCACCUCAUGUUCAAGAGGAUUUUCAUCCUCUAUAUACAGAUGUCGUUCCUGUUACCAACCACAAUAAACAAAAUCUCCCUUGUGCACCUGGCACCAAUUUUCAAGAUGGACACAAUAACAGAGGGGAACUGGGGAGCACAUGUUCUGAAUUUUAUCAUCAAGGGAAUAACAGAUUACAAUCUGAAAAAGAAAAAGGCAAUUGACAGCUGCCUG